AACCGGACCUGGGCCUCCCCUAGGUCGACUCAGACUCAAAUGACUACCUGGUGCAGUGUGUAAACAACGCCACCGGUGGAGAAAAAGGCGGUAGAGCAUCUGCCCCAAGAGUCUGUUAAAGGCUAUACAGGGAGAUCUUUGUCUGUGUUCUAACAACAACUCCUUUGUCCUUCAGGGAUGUACAAGAUGUCGGACUGCAUAGCUAAUGGUCGUGCUGCCAUGUGUGAGUCGUGCCCUAAGGGCACAUUCAUGGACAGAGACAACCAGGAGAAGGUGUGCUCGUGGUGCAGCAGCUGUGGGCCAGGCGAGGAGGCGGCUGUGAACUGCUCCGUGGCCCAGGACACGGUGUGUCGGUGCGCAGAGGGCCUCAAGAGAGACGACGACUUGGGAAUUUGUGUGCCUCAGGAGUUGCAAACCCCAGGUAACGCCACGUCAGUCGUGUUGGCGGCAGUCCUCAUCUUCGUCCUGACUGCACUCGUGUUGCUCAUAGUUUACUUCAACAUGAAGCAGAAGGGGUUGACUUUAAAAACGAUGGUGAAGCAAUCAGACACUACUCAUACAAAUAAUGAGCAUGAUGAAAAUCUACCGCUUGUUAUCGUGCAAAAUGAUCACAAGGUGCCAUAUGGAGUUCAGAGGAGCAAUGAGAGCAGCGAGACAAUGCAACAGAUCCGAGAGAACAAAGAGAAACUCAAGGCCUGGAUCGGAGCGGAUCCCUCGGCUUUCCUGGAGCAUCUCAACGGCUUCAAAUUGAUUCCACGACACGUGCACCAAGCGGCCGUCGACAAGGGCGGAGAGGAGAGUGUGGAGCUCGUUCUGGACCACUUCAUCAGCCAGGGAGAGGCACGCUGUGAGACGCUGUGGGACGCCCUCUACUCUGUGAGGAAGCAAUACGUGCAGCUGUGGAAGUGGAUUCAGACACACGGCGAGGCGUUGAGGGCCAUUCGAGAUAAGGAGUCGGAUCUGAAGCUCUGGAUCGCCAGAGACCCCAAGCAUCUUCUGCUGCAGCUGAUGAGUAGGGGACGGAUCCCGAACGAGCUCUUCACCGAGGCCAAGGGCAUCCGGGAUGGCGUGGAGUGCACGGAGCUGCUGCUCAACUUCUUCAAAGAGAGAGGGAAUGACGACUGCCUCAAGCUGCUCUUUGCCCUGCAGGCCGUGCAGAACGAGUAUCCUGGACUCAAGGAGUGGCUGGGAGGCCUUGACUUCCUCCGGAGACUCUCCAACAAGUCCCCCCUGGUUCUGAACAAGUACAGCGACUUUGUCCUCCGAGACAAAAUCCGCUUCAAGACGAGGGAGCUCCUCGUGGCGCUGCGCGACGACCUGACGCCUCUGCUCUCCCAACUGCAGAUCAGGAACAUCCUCACCGACAACAGCGUGCGGGCCGUGAAGGAGAUGCAAGCUCGGCAAGGCAGCGAGAAGGCGACACAGCACAUGGUGGAGCUGGUGAUGGCGAGGGGGCGACCCAGGGUCAAGCAGUUCUGGGAGGCGCUGUGGGACCUCAGGGAAAGUUACCCAGACCUGGAGAACGUCUUUGAGAAGUUCUAAUGGAUGGAACCGGAGAGCGAGAGGGGAAGACCUAACGGAGAAUGGCUUGACAAUGACAUCAUAACGAGAUUGGUGCCAGAAAGAUGAUGCGGCCACUACUUUAGCAUAUUGGCACGACAAGACAGGGAGAGGAAAGUGGAAACAAACCACCACCUACGACUAUGGGGAUAUCUGCCAUAUGGAUCGUGAUGAUGAUGAAUGGUGCGUGGGGGGUAGUUGUGGUCCAGUGGUUAUUGCACUGCACAAAUCACGGUGGCUAGGAUAUGUUAAUUACCCUGCCACGUAUACAGGACAGGAGGUCGUGGGUUCGGUCGCGACCGAGACGCCUGCUGUUUAUUUGGAGUUUGCAACAUCUCUCUCCC